AGUGACUCACUGACUUAAUUCUUUCCAGAUUCUUUUGGGUGGGUGGGUGAGUGAGUGUGCCUGUUAUGUUACAUGCUGAAUGCUACCCCCAGGAGGAGAGGAGUUUGCCUUUCCCAGAGAGAUGGCCCCGAACCAGCAAGUUCGCGCUGUCAGCCUGUGCAGCGGCUGUUGCAGAACUAGUAACCUUUCCCCUGGAUCUCACGAAAACGCGACUGCAGAUCCAAGGUGAAGCUGCUGUUUGUCGGUAUGGACCUGCUGCCGGAAGAGCUGUACCCUACCGUGGCAUGCUACGUACUGCAGCAGGGAUUGUUCAAGAGGAAGGCUUACUAAAACUCUGGCAAGGAGCAACACCGGCCGUCUACAGACACAUAGUAUACUCCGGAGUGCGGAUGGUUACAUAUGAACACAUUCGUGACUCUGUGCUUGGUAGAGCUGAAGACAAGAGCUUUCCUCUUUGGAAAUCUGUAGUUGGAGGGAUGUCAGCUGGUGCCAUUGGUCAGUUUUUUGCCAGUCCAACUGAUCUGGUGAAGGUGCAGAUGCAAAUGGAAGGAAAGAGAAGACUAGAAGGGAAACCAUUACGAUUUCGUGGAGUGCACCAUGCAUUUGUGAAGAUCCUGUCUGAAGGGGGAAUUCGGGGCCUUUGGGCUGGUUGGGUGCCAAAUGUCCAAAGAGCUGCUCUGGUAAACAUGGGAGAUCUGACUACUUAUGACUCAGUGAAACAUUUUUUACUUCUGAACACACCACUUCAGGACAAUAGUGUGACUCACAGCAUUGCAAGUGUGUGUUCUGGCCUGGUAGCCGCUAUCCUGGGAACUCCUGCUGAUGUCGUCAAAACACGGAUAAUGAACCAACCAAGAGAUAAACAGGGAAGAGGACUGCUGUAUAAGUCUUCUGCAGACUGCUUGAUUCAGGCUAUACAAGGUGAAGGAUUUAUGUCUCUAUACAAAGGCUUUUUACCAACCUGGAUGCGAAUGGGUUUCCUGAGAUGCGUUAAGAGUCUUAUCCUGCCAGAUGCUGAAUGCCUUCAAUUCCCAUUGACUUUGCUGGGAACUGAAGUUGGAGUGCUUUGUAGGAGGCACUAAGGGUCCUAAAACAAUUAGAGAACUACACAGAACAUCUUACAGCAAUACUGAUAUUAAAAUAUGUAUUUCAUAGUC